AUGUUCGCCGUCUGCGUGUUCCUGUUCCUCCUGCUGUGUCGGACCGAAGCCGACUUCCGCGACGACGAGGAAGACGACGACGAGGUCCCGAUCGAAGACUGGGACUCGACGAGGCCGACCCCCCCGUCCAAGGUGGACGUUCUGGCCCACGUCCUCAAGGACCAGGUGUGGGCCCUGAAGCGACACCCGCGCCCCCUGGACCUCGUCUUCCUCCUCGACGCGUCCUCGAGCGUCGGCGAGGACAACUUCCGCAGCGAACUCGCGUUCGUCGCGAAGCUCUUGGCGGAUUUCCCCCUCUCGCCCGGGCACGGCAGGGUCGCCGUGGUCGCCUUCUCCUCCGCCGAUCGGAUCUUCGCUCACGUGGAUCACAUUUCGUCGACGGCCGACGGUGACAACAAAUGCUCGCUGCUCGCCGCUCUGCGGAAGAUCCGGUACUCUGGGGGUGGGACCUACACCCUCGGAGCGAUGUUGAUCGCAGAGAAAAUCUUGCGCAAAGGUCGUCGGGAUGCGAAUCGAGUGCUCAUCUUGGUGACGGACGGUUUCUCAAACGGCGGGGAUCCGAUCCCUGUCGCGAUCCGUCUGAAACGGGCCGGAGUCGCCAUCUUCACCUUCGGGAUCCGGAACGGAAACGUCCAGGAACUGUCCGCCAUGGCGUCCGAGCCCAAGAACUCCUUCAUCCUCAACGGCUUCCGGGAGUUCCAGAGCCUCGCCCACCGCGCCCUCCACGAAGACCUGGAGGUCGGAGAGUACGUGGCCUACGACCCCUCGGCGUGCGGAGAACUGUGCUCGGGGCCAGAACCCUGCUGCUCGGACCCGUCGGAAUGCACCUGUGGCAUCCGGACGGGGCAGGUCGCCUGUCUCUGUCCGCCCGGCUACUAUGGCAACGGCAUUCGUGGAGACUGCGUCCGUAAGUCUGAUCCGACCGUCAAGUCUGGAGUCGAAGUUCGUGAACGC